AUGGCAGUGCCACUGCUUUGUGGUGGCAACUAUGGCCUCUUCUGUGCAGUGUUUGCAGCUAUAGCAAUCAUGACCAUUAUUCACAUGGGCUACAUGGAGCUGGCUUCGGCCUACCCUUCAGCAGGUGGUCAGUUCAGGAUCGUGUACAAGGUUUUCCCACGUUCAUGUCGGUUUGUUUCGUUCUUAACUGGAUGGUUCACGAUUUACUAUUUCGUGGCAGCCAUUGCAUCGUGUGGUUGGUUCAUGGCAAAAAUGCUUCUCCAGUUGGUUAGUCUUUGGCAUCCUGAUUACGCCCCAAGCGUAUGGCAUGCCAUGUUGAUUCACCUCUUGCUGUGUGCAAUUGCCUUGAUCUCCAGUACGCUUUUCCCUGCUUCCAUCAAGUUUCUAGGUGCUUUCACCUUUGGCCUAUCGGUAUGUGGCUUCCUUACUUCCGUGAUUCUCGCCGGCGUGGGGCAAUUGAGCUGGUGGAAAUCUGGCGGCUUCCGGAAUACCAGCGGUUGGCCAGAUGUAUGGGCAAUGACAAUUGCCGUUACUUCCAGUCUAGCAGCUUUCUCUGGUCUCGAAGCUCCAGCUCAUCUAUCAAGAGAGAUCCGAGACCCUUGGUUCAUGGUCCCCAAUGCCAUCGGUAGUGCUGGAUCGUUGUCUGCAACGGCGGCCGUAGGAUGGGCCAUUGUUCUGGGCCUUGGUAUCACAGACAUUGAUGCCGUUGCACAGGCCGAACUGCCUAUCCUGGAAGUUUAUAAACAGACUUCCGAGGCCGUGCCAAAUCCCAAGGCUCUGGUAACCUUCUGGGCGGUCCUGUAUAUUGUGGUCUUCUACAACAUGCUCCUGAACCUCUUCAUUUCUUCAGGCCGUGUAAUUUGGUCCUUUGCCAAAUGCGGCGGCCUCGAGACCUCGCAUCUCACGACCCUCGACUGGGGCAGUCCUCUCAGGGCCUCCGCCCUCAUGUUCGGCCUACAGGUCCCAGCUAUCUUCCUAUUUUAUAUCCCAGGUUUCACUCAUGCCUCUUUGGCUAACCUUUCAGUCUUCUUUCUGAACAUCACGCUUGCCCUUCCACAAGCAGCACUAUUAUUUCGUGGGCGUGGGCGUCUAAACAGUAAGCGGUCGGGUUUCAGAAGUUAUGGAUACGCCAUCAAUGCUGCUUCUACUCUGCUUGUGGCCUUCUUUUCUGUCACAUUGCUUUUCCCCACCUCUCUGCCGGUUACAGGACGUAACAUGAACUAUCUAGUUGUGGUUGUAGUCAUCCUUGUUCUGCUGGUUCCUCUUCGCUGGUCGUACUUCGGCUAUAGCAAAUCUUUUAGGCCGCAGAAUAAGGAGCAGGAAGAGGGACGGGAAUUGGAAGAGACCCGUGUCCAGCAGGAGCCCCAGGAGGCGCGAUCCGAAAUGGUUUGA